AGGUAGUCUGAGCGGAGAAAGUGAAGAAGAUGGAAGGAGAAGAUGUUGUUGUAUUGUUGAGAAGAUUUAAGGAGUAGCGGAGUGAUAGCCGUUCUCACCUUUUGUCGGAACCAUAGAGGACAGUGGUACCGGGGGAUUAACAAAUAGCAUGCCCGUAGAGGUGACUCCACUUCAGAUGAGGGAAUAUGUUGGCUAUGGACCAAGGAGUAGUGGAGGACUGGCUGUCAGAAUUUAAGACCCUCCCUGACAGUGCCGUGUCCACCUACGCUGCCUCUCUGAGAGAGAAAGGUUCCCUGGUUCCUGCACUCUACAAGGUCAUCAGAGAGAACUACAGCGAUUUGCUGGAGCCAGUCUGUCACCAGUUGUUUGAGUUUUAUCGGAGUGGUGAACCGCAGCUGCAGCGUUUCACGCUACAGUUCCUGCCAGAGCUCCUGUGGAGCCUCCUGUCCGUCAGCGCAGCCAGAGACCCCCACACCUCCGGCUGCAUCGAGGCCCUGCUGCUGGGCAUUUAUAACCUGGAAAUAGUUGAUAAAGAUGGACAGAGUAAAGUGUUGUCUUUCACGGUCCCUUCCCUCUCAAAGCCCUCAGUGUACCAUGAGCCUUCAGCCAUUGGCUCCAUUGCUCUUACAGAAGGGGCUCUUGCCAAUCACGGGCUGAGCAGGGUGGUGUACAGUGGGCCACACCUGCAGAGGGAGAUCUUCACAGCACAGAACAGGUUUGAUGUGCUGACCUUCCUGCUGCUGUGCUACAACGCUUCUCUCAGCUACAUGACCCCGAUCUCUCUGCAGUCCCUCUGCCAGCUCAGCUCCAGGGUGUCUAUAUGCGGUUAUCCACGGCAACAGAUGCGGCGCUACAAAGGUAUUAGCACGCGGCUGACAGUCACGUCGGAGUUCCUGGUUCAGCUCAUCACAGGCAUACACUACGCUUUCUGUAAUGGGGAAGUUGAACUGGGAUCCAAAUCACUGGAUGACGUUCUGUAUCGAGCCCAGCUAGAGUUGUUCCCUGAGGCUCUACUGGUGGGCAACGCCAUCAAGUCGUCGAUGCACGGCGCUGCACUGAAGAGCAACAACAAGGAGGGUGCACGAAGUAUCCAGGUGGAGAUCACGCCAACCUCCUCCAGGAUCUCCAGAAAUGCUGUCACCUCCCUCUCUAUCAGGGGACACCGCUGGAAGAGACACGACGCAGUGGAUCUGGGUUCCCCGGAUGAGCUGAUGGACAUUUCAGAGAUGGAUGAAGGGGUGUGGCCAGGUGGGGUCGGGCCAGAAAUGACCCCACCCACCAUCACUAUCAGCAACAGCAUCACCACGUUGAACCUGGGCGCCAAGGCCAUGAAGAAGUGUCGUCUCGGCGGGCGCAACAGCAAGGACAAGGAGGCGGGGCCUCUAACAACAGGCCGGGCUGCCAGUGAGAGCACAGAGCUGUCUUUCAAGCGACUGACGCUCACAUCCAGCCAAUCAGUGCCCAAAGCGGGAGCUCUCACCAGCCUGACGCGCACCGCCAGCGCCGUCUUCUCCCGCUCCUUCGAGCAGGUGGCCAGUGGCAUUGCCCCACCCUCCAGCAACCACAACACCUCUGACGCUGGUCGCUACUCCUGCAUCCUGCAGGAGGAAGGGCUAGGGUACUUGAGUCCAAUGCCAAACCACACACAGCGCUCUCCCAGCAUCAGCGUGCACCUUGGCACUGACCUCUGAACCCUUUAAGAAUCCUGUCGACAUGAACCCUCGCCUGUGAUCCUGGGACCCCGUACCUGUGACCUGGAACUCCAAGCCAUGCCAACUGCAAAAGAAACUAAAAACAAACGAUCAAACACUCCGCUGUUUUCCUCUAUUGCUCCACUUUAACUUCUCUGAUUCUGUGUGGUGUAAACCAGCCUGCUGUCCCGCUCAGACAUCCAGAGCACCAUCAUCUCCAUCCGCUCCCCUCCUUCAGCGAGGUUGACUCGUCUGGGUGUGAUGUAAGCGGGAUGUCCGUGAUACCACUUCCACAGUGCACUUUGCUGUGAAGUUGUGUAAGUACAGAACUGCACUCUUCUGCAGAGCAGCCCGUUGUGAAAGGGUUGCACCUAAAACUCGUUACUAAACACUGUGUGGGAAAGUAUUUUAAUUGGCAUUUGUUGCCCUGCAUGGCUUUUCCAUACAUCCAUCCUGACCCUGCCCAGGUUUGUCAGAGGGAAGUUGUUGAGUAUGUGUUUGUAUGCUUGAGUGUGUGUACUGUACAGUAUGUAUGUGUAUAUAUGUUUUUAGAAUAAAAGGCUGCUGAUUGAUACAGUGAUUAAUGUAUGAUUCUCCGAUUCGGAAACAAGUGUUUCUACCACUUAUUAAAACAUAUCCUCUUCCAUAGCAAUACAAAGUCCUCCUGUUCAGUGUUUUCCCUUAUUUUUGGGAAGACCACCCAAGCUCCUUCUGUUCCCGCCUCUAUUUUUGUAAACAGUUUCAGCUGUGCUUCUUAAAAGAAAGUUCCAUCACUAGAUAAUCAAACUAGUGUGAUAAGAAUGGGUUUUUCAUGUUUACACUUGCACAGUAUUCUCAUCGUUAUGGAGCAGCAAUAUUUUUGUCCUUCCCUCUGGUUCCUCUAGCACCUUCCUGACAUGCUGUGUACUUGAACAAUAAAAAUCCAACUUCUGAUAAAUGACGAGGAUGUUUUUCGAGUGGGGAGACGCGUGCAUGCGUGCGUGCGUGCGUGUGUGUGUGUCUUGUUAAGUAUUGAAUUUUGCACUUGACAGAGUGUUUUCAACUUUGGUAUUUUCUUAUGAACAAAAAGAGGUGUGACUCUCACCUGUGGCGUUUCCAUGUGAGAGGAAUAGAAAAAGAGAUGUUUUGUUGCUCUGUUUGCAUCUUAAAGAUCCAGAAAAUAUUAAAACCCAACACUCAACCUAUCUGCAGAGAUAUAAAAUAAUUUGAUACAUCUGAGUGAAGUUGUGUUGGCUCAUUUAAAACUGUAAUGGAAGCUGUGCUUUUCUGCAGUGGGAAAUUUUUGUUUGGGUAGGGGGGGCAGUUUCGGGGCAACAAGACAUCUUCCCUCACUUCAGAUCUACCCAGCAUUCCAGAUGUUGGUCAUACUUUGGUGAUGUGUUUCCUGUGUCCCACCUUGUUUUUCACCAUUGUCUUGUUCCAAAAGAGAAGGAAUGAAACUCCACCAAUCGCCUUCGUUUGGUGUCCUGAAUCAAACAUCCAUGCUGCCCGCCACCCUCAAGCAAAACUAUUCUGUCGUCUGUGUACUAGAGCUGUCAAGUGUCCAUUGCUUGGGGGGGACACUAAAAAUCAUUGUGUUUCUCUUCUAGAGUUUCUAGAAUGUGAAUGGGUUAGCUCUUGUAUUAAAGUUUCUUUAUAUUGGCCUUUCAUUUGUCUGACAUAACUCAACUGCCACAACUUCUGGGAAUAAAGUGUUUCUAUAUUUCAA